AUGGAUCUGAAACUUUCUGAUGAGAAUGCUGGCACGUUCCAGUGGAAUUCCGACGAUAGAAGUCAGCUUGUGAUACAAGCACACAUUGGUGAAUUGGAAGAGUCUUAUGUUGGGAAUUCGGGAGAUGAUCUCGAUGCCAGGGGUUUCGAGGACCUUCUCGACCAUCUCGCUGAAAAUAAUCAAAGUUCGAGGAGAGGGGCGCCUCCUGCUUCGCUAUCUUUCAUAAACAAUCUGCCAUGUCUUACGAUUAACGGAGACAAGCAGCAGCAGGAGUGUGCAAUCUGCAAGGACUCCUUCACACUUGGCACUCGCAUCAACGAGCUUCCCUGUUUGCACCUGUACCACCCUUCCUGCAUCCUGCCGUGGUUAGCUGCAAGAAAUACGUGCCCACUUUGCCGAUAUGAGCUUCCUACGGACGACAAGGAAAGAAACGAGAAUCAAUUGAUCUAUGAUUCUGAUGCCGGCUGUGAGGCGACACUAUCUCUCUCCCCCUCGCUGGCUGCCCCGCCUUCGUCCUCGGCGAUUGUCUCCUUGAUUCGGAGAUGAAUGGUUUGGCGGUGGCUGAUAUCUCCCCCUCGACCAAACACUUCAUCCAUUAGCCUCUCAUGGCUGCACCCUCUUUGGCAGUAGCCUCUCCUCUCUUGGUGGGUUCCUGCUCGUUCCUCCUUAGCCAGCCUCUUGCAUUUGCUGCUCCCUCUGCUGAAGCGGCUCUUGUCUGCCUUCUCCUGACAUGACAUGACGGCUUCACUGUUGUAGCUUUCUCGUGAUUCAUACUCCGGUCAUCCAACAUAAAUUUGGAGAGGGAUUGUUCGGUCGGAUACUUCUUCUCCCCCUCGGACGGACAAACCGAGGACUCCUCUGGUUUCUUCACCGGCAGUGUUCUGUCAUUCCUCUCAUCUCCUCCGGCCAUAGCAGCCUCGCCGGAUUUGCUUUCCUUGCCGUCCUCCUCCAGUUUUGGCUCAUGUCGAAUCCGCCCACGCACGUCUGCAGAGUGGUGCCUGCAGCGCUCCUCCCUCUAAGGGAUCUGUUGAGGUUGUCCAUCGCCACUCUUGGCAACAUUUCAGUGCGGAUAACCCCAGUUUGUUGUCUGCAUCAAUCAUACUCCUCAUUUCUCCCUUGUCACUGAAAUAAGGGACAGCUAAUGCAGUUUCUUGCAUAGUUGAUUCUAUCAACUUCUUGCCUCCUUGAAUCUCCUCAAAUUAGAAUUGAUUGUGUAUUAAUUAGAAUUGAUCUUAUUUUUC